AUGUCCGCCCCGUCCUCCUCGGCUCUUCGCCUGCUUGUGCAGCGCCACCCUUCGCAUCCGCUCGCCAAGCUCCCCACCCGCGGCUCGGCCCUGGCUGCCGGCUACGACCUCUAUUCGUCCGAAAAGGUGGUCCUCCCGCGUGGCGGGCGGAAGGUCGUACAGACCGGCAUCUGCCUCGCCAUCCCGGCGGGUCACUACGGGCGUGUGGCGCCUCGCUCGGGUCUGGCGAGCAAGCACGGUAUCGAUACCGGCGCAGGUGUCAUCGAUGAGGACUACAGAGGACUGCUCGGCGUGCUUUUGUUCAACUUUGGCGAUUCGGACUUUACAAUCAACGAGGGAGACAGGAUCGCCCAGCUGAUCAUCGAAAAGAUCUCGACGCCCGAGGUGCAAGAGGUCGAGAGCCUCGAUGAGACCUUACGCGGCGAAGGCGGGUUUGGAUCGACGGGUGGAUUCGGAGCCGCUGGUGCGAAGGACGCCACUGCUGCUGCCGUCGCUGCGGAUCUGCCCGCCGAGGUCGGAUCCAAGUCGUCCUAG